GUUGGGUCGAGGCCUUGCGUCGUGCGAGCGCGAUGGGCCGCAGGCAGCGCAAUAGGCGGCAGCCGCAGCCGAAUACCCGAGAGAAGGGCCCUGGGUGCUGGCCUGAAAGCUGCUACCCAGAGAUUGUGAAGGAGAACGAGCUUUUCGAGCUCUACUAUGGCAAGCAGGGCAUCGUGCCUCAUGGGGAGUGGGAGAGCUUCAUGGCGGCCCUGCGGGAGCCGCUCCCUGCCACACUCCGCAUCACAGGGUACAAGAGCCAUGCUAAAGAAAUUCUCCAUUGUUUGAAGAAUAAAUAUUUCAAGGAAUUAGAAAACCAGGUGGUAGACGGUCAGAAAAUUGAAAUGCCUCAGCCAUUAAGCUGGUAUCCAGAAGAGUUGGCAUGGCAUACAAACCUAAGCAGAAAGGUCCUGCGAAAAUCCCCACAACUAGAAAAAUUCCAUCAUUUUCUUGUUAGUGAAACAGAAUGUGGGAACAUUAGUCGUCAAGAAGCUGUCAGUAUGAUCCCUCCCCUGCUCCUUAAUGUCCAGUCUCAUCAUAAGAUUCUAGAUCUGUGUGCUGCACCAGGGUCCAAAACUGCCCAGCUUAUUGAAAUGCUGCACGCGGACAUGAAUGUUCCUUUUCCAGAGGGAUUUGUAAUUGCAAAUGAUGUUGACAACAAGCGUUGCUAUUUACUGGUUCAUCAAGCAAAGAGGUUAAACAGCCCUUGCAUCAUGGUUGUAAAUCAUGAUGCUUCCAGCAUCCCUAAUUUACAGAUCACCACUAAUGGAAAGAAGGAGAUCCUCUUUUAUGAUAGGAUAUUAUGUGAUGUCCCUUGCAGUGGAGAUGGUACCAUGAGAAAAAACAUUGAUGUAUGGAAAAAGUGGACUACUCAAAACAGCUUGCAUCUACAUGGAUUGCAGUUAAGGAUUGCAACCCGUGGAGUUGAGCAGCUGGCAGAAGGAGGUAGGAUGGUGUACUCUACCUGCUCAUUGAAUCCUGUUGAAAAUGAAGCCGUCAUUGCCUCUCUGCUGGAAAAAAGUGAAGGUGCCUUAGAACUUGCUGAUGUCUCUUCUGAAUUGCCUGGUCUGAAAAGGAUGCCUGGGGUUACACAGUGGAAGGUAAUGACAAAAGAUGGCCAGUGGUUUGAAGACUGGAGUGAAGUGCCUUCCAACAGGCAAACCCAGAUCCGGCCCACCAUGUUCCCCUUAAAAGAUGAAGAAAAACUUAAAGCGUUACAUUUGGAGCGCUGUUUCAGAAUUCUACCACAUCAUCAGAAUACUGGAGGUUUCUUUGUAGCUGUAUUAAUUAAAAAAUCUCCGAUGCCGUGGAAUAAGCGUCAGCCCAAGCUGCAGCACUGGCUGCCGGAGAAGACAAUCAGCACGGUGCCUGUAGCUGCAGAGCAGGGUUCUUUAGAAACUGCUGAAGACCAUGUGGCCGUAGAAGCAAAGGAUGGAGACUCCUUUGUAACUGAGACUACUGAAAACAAGAAGGAUGGAGUUUGUGGGCCUCCACCGUCUAAAAAAAUGAAGCUUUUUGGAUUUAAAGAAGAUCCGUUUGUGUUUCUUUCUGAAGACGAUUCACUAUUUUCACCUAUUCAGACUUUUUAUGCAUUGGAUCCUUCCUUUCCCAAGAUGAAUUUGUUAACUCGUACUCAGGAAGGGAAGAAAAGGCAGUUAUACAUGGUUUCCAAGGAAAUAAGGAAUGUGCUCCUGAACAACAGUGAAAAGCUGAAGGUUAUUAACACUGGGAUAAAAGUGUGGUCCCGCAAUAGCGAUGGGGAACAGUUUGGCUGUGCCUUCAGAUUAGCGCAAGAGGGGAUAUAUACACUGUAUCCCUUCAUUAAUGCAAGGAUUGUAAAUGCCAGCAUAGAAGAUGUCAAAGUGCUGCUGACAGAAGAAAACCCAUUCUUAAGUAAACUUAGUAAUGAGGUGCGCAAUCAAGUCAAAGGAAUGGCUAUGGGGAGCAUAGUCCUGCAGUAUGAGCCAGAUCCAAACAAGCCAGAUAGUCUUCAGUGCUCAAUUGUGCUUUGUGGCUGGCUGGGCAAGACUUCCCUUCGUGCCUUCGUAGCCAAGAAUGAGAGGUUGCAUUACCUGAGAAUGAUGGGGGUUGAGGUGUUCAAAGCAAAGAGAAAAGAAGAAGAUGUAGAACAUAAAACAGAAGAAGAAGAUGCAGAAGGUAAAACAGCCAUAGACACCGCAGGGCAGGUGCUGGAAGAAAUGGACUUGGGAUGCAAAGCUAAGGAAAGCAGUCAGUUACCUGAACAAAUUAAAGAUGAACUGAAUGGGCAACCUGCAAUGGAACCCAUAGAAGCUAAGGUAGUAGAAAGCCUUUCUCCCAGUGUCAAAAAUGAGAGCACCAAAAAUAUAGAAAGCAAAGAUAAUGUUGACCUUAGUGAUAAAAAUGUCUAAUGGGAUAACUUUCAUUAACUAUCCAUGUGCGUUGAUCUAGAUAUUUAUGCUGCAGCUAAGCAUCUGCAAACACAUUUUUAAUAAGAGGGUAUUUCAGGUUUUUUUUUUGGGGGGGGGUUCUUUGGGAAUCAUUUUACAAGCGUUUCCUUACGUUUUAUUUUUAAAAUAUAAAUGGUUUUCAUAUUUACUUCUUGUACCAUGUAAAUUCCACGAUGAUUAUAAUUUUGGUGGGUCUGUUGCUGGCAGUGGACUGCACCGCUAACAUGACAUCUGUCAACAUCGAUAUUAAAUUUACUGCUAAGUGGCUAUAACUUGUAAAA